AUGAAUCGUCAACGUCCUCCUCCCGCAUCCCUCCGAGCCCCCGUAUCACCGCCGCGGAAAAAGCAGCGUCAAGGCACAAAUAGCGAGUCAGGGAACCAACGCAACACAGAACCAGAGCUUAGUCUCGCGGCUGUCGAAGCUGGCAGGCUCGACGUCGAUGACCCUCUGCGCGUAUUAUCAUCCCGCCUCCUAGCUGUUACGCGACAUCAGUUUUCUUUGGCUCCUCGCCUUUCGCACCCCGAGUGGGUUGGGCUCUACAUGCGCAAUAAGCACCCACAGGGUAGGCAUUUUGUGAUACAUCAGCACGACCAUCCAAUCGCCGGUCCACAUUAUGACCUGCGGUUACAGUUUUCCGAAAGCAGCUCGUUGAGCUUUGCUAUUAUGUACGGUUUACCAGGCAACCCGAACAGCAGGAGGAUGAAUCGAAACGCUACGGAGACAAGAGUUCAUAAUAUUUGGAGCCACUUAAUUGAGACGGCAUCUAUAAACACCGGGAGUCUUAUUAUCUGGGAUACAGGAGAAUACUCCAUCUUGCCUUAUUACCAGCACAAAGAGCCGGCGGAAACACACUCUUCUGCUUCAGAUGCAGGCGAUGCAUCUGUAUCUUGCGAAGCUGUGAACAUGUGCGACAGUGAUAGGCUGAAGCACGCGUUCCGGAAGCGAAAGAUUCGCCUACGGCUACAUGGAGCACGUCUACCCCCGAAUUACACAGUGACCUUGCGUCUCACGGCGAACAACAACACCCAUAAGCAGCCGAAAAUGCCGAAGGUGAGAAGGGGAAGGAGGCAGGGAAAGAUGCCAGCAGAACGCGUAACCCCCAUAUCGCGGUCUCCUUCAUCUUCGCCCAUUCGAGAUGCAGCUGUCGAAAUAGCAACUCCAGAUGGCACCGGUGGUGACUUGUCAGACCGUGGGUUGUCUCACCAGGACACUCACAACGAAUUCGCAAGCUAUUCUGACGACGAAGACGAAAGAGUCCGAGUCAACAACGCUUACCCUGGUGCCGUCAAUUCGAUCUCCUCCAUUCACCAGAGACGGUGGUUUUUGUCGCUUGACCGUGUGAAUUCCGGAUUCAAACGCCACUUUGAUUCUUCAACUAGUAAGUAUACCUGGGUAAGGCAAAGCGUCGAAGCUCCCAAUCAGCCAUCUCGGCUCUUAGGCUUUGAGCCUUUUUUUGUGCAGGGACCAGACGUAGAGCGCAGCGUUGUCACAGGGCGUCUGGGUAGCGAGGUUUUCAGAGACGAAGGAGUAGACAAAUUCACUGGGCGUAGAGGCUGGAGGCCCGUCCUUUUGUAG